GAGUCAGAGUCAGGUGGAUCUGUGGGCCUUUGUCUCUGGAGCCUCCGGUGAAGAUGGAGGAGCUGGAACACACCUGCCCUCAGCCUAGGACGACUGUCACCGAACCUGCUUUAUUCGCCAAGGAGACGAGCUGCGAGUGUCGAGCGCCCCAUGAGAAACUCACGGCUGAACAGGCCAGACGUGGCACCCCCGUGGACAGGCCGGUGCGUGUCUACGCAGAUGGCAUCUUCGAUCUUUUCCAUUCUGGCCACGCCCGUGCUCUGAUGCAGGCCAAGAAUCUCUUCCCCAAUACGUUCCUCAUAGUCGGAGUGUGCAGCGAUGAGCUCACUCACAAGUACAAGGGCUUCACGGUGAUGACCGAGGAGGAGCGGUACGAAGCUCUGAGACACUGCCGCUACGUAGAUGAGGUGGUCUGUGAUGCACCCUGGACCCUCACUCAGGAGUUCCUGGAGAAACACAAGAUUGAUUUUGUGGCACAUGACGAUAUUCCGUACUCCUCAGCUGGAUCUGAGGAUGUGUACAAGCAUAUUAAGGAAGCAGGUAUGUUUGUACCCACUCAAAGGACAGAAGGGAUUUCCACGUCGGACCUGAUCACCCGUAUUGUGCGGGACUACGACGUCUACGCCAGGCGCAAUCUGGAGAGAGGAUACACAGCCAAGGAGCUGAAUGUCAGCUACAUCAAUGAGAAGAAGUACAGGCUGCAGAACCAGGUGGACAGGAUGAAGGAGAAGGUGCGGACGGUGGAGGAGAAGUCCAAGCAUUUUGUGUACCGGGUAGAGGAGAAGAGCCAUGACCUUAUUCAGAAAUGGGAGGAGAAGUCACGAGAGUUUAUCGGGAACUUCUUGGAGCUCUUUGGUCCUGAUGGGACGUGGAAGCAGAUGUUUCAGGAGCGGAGCGGCCGCAUGAUUCAAACCUUCUCACCCCAGGGUUCGCCCAGCAGCAGUCCUCCGAGGGACUUCUCUCCAUCCCGCUCUCCCUCUCCGUCAUCGCGCUGGGUCGUCCCCAGAACCUCGCCUCCCUUAUCUCCGAAAGGUGCCUCUGCCUCCAUCAGCAGCAUGAGCGAAGGCGACGAGGACGAGAAGUGA